GCCGGGCGCGCAGAAUCCUCGGCAAUCAAGAGAAGAGCCCAACGCAACGAUCGUAAACAGAAAGCAAGGAUAACUGCACAUGCAUUCCCGCCGGAGACGCGCCCGAUCUCUCUCUAACCCUACAAUAACCAUGAACUUCUCCAACCCACGACCCACCUCAGCAUUAACAACAGCACCAUCCACUUCCACCAUUACCACCACCACCACCACCACCUCCUCCUCCUCCUCCAAGACCAGCUCCACCACCCCCGCCUGCGCUGCCUGCAAGUACCAGCGCCGCAAAUGCGAGCCCAACUGCCUCCUCGCCCCUUACUUCCCCUAUGACCGCCAGCACCAGUUCCUCAACGCCCACAAGCUCUUCGGCGUCAGCAACAUCACCAAGGUCAUCAAGAACCUCACCCCCCACGAGAAGGACGAGGCCAUGCGCACCAUCAUCUACCAGUCUGACGCCCGCGCCCACGACCCCGUCCUUGGCUGCUACCGUAUCAUUCGCGACCUCCACCGCCAGAUCGAGUUCUGCCAGGCCGAGCUCGAGUUUGUCCUCCGCCAGCUCGAGAUCUGCCGUGCCCAGGCUCAGGCCCAGGCCCAUCAGGAGGCCGCCAUGCAGCAGAGCAUCGAUCCCGCGGCGGUUGGCUGUGACCGCGGGGAUCUGCUGGGGCCGGGUUAUGGCUAUGUUCAGCCGACCGGUGGCCAUCCGGGCCAAGAAGUGGAAGGUUAUAUGGGUAAUGGCCAGGAGGGGCAUGAGCAGGCAUCUUUGCAUGAUUUUGGUGCAUGGGCCAUGCAGGACUCCACGUUCCCGUCAGACUUUCAGAUCAAGCAAGGGUUUGAGGGUGGAUGUGACGAUAUGAGGCCCAUUCUGGACAUUGCAGACGAUAGGAAUGAUGGGAUCAAUUUGGAAAGCGAAAUUAUCGACGAAAGAAGUGAUCAUCAAGUCAUCUUGGAAGAUCACAAAGCGGAGAUGACAGAAGAAGAAGAUGAUACCGGCCAACAGGUCCUCGAUCAUGAUCUGAAAGGCGCAGCUACUUUAUUCACCCUCACAAAUUGUACAAGCUAGACUUUUGCUAAGAACACGACCUACCCUGCUCAUCCCACGCAACGUGUAUCGGCGAUCCAGCCUUCCCGUCGUUUUAGUUUCGGUUAAG